UGAUGUUAGUAUCACGUACGGUUUGCUCCUUGGCGCGUUGGUUCUGGAUAUGACUUCACUAAUCAUGCUUUUGUUUUCGGAUUGGACCAUCAUUUCUAUCCGUGAAUCACCUGAUAUUGAUCAGCUCCAAUACUCUUGGAAGACAACCUUCUACACUGCACUUCUCAAGCUAAGGACAGAAGGUAUACAGCGUAAGGACACGUCAAAGUAUGAUCUCCCGAUAAUUGAGGAACAAAUAUUAGAAUCUCGUAAUCGUAAAGCUGGGUGGUUAAAACGAAGGUGGUCUGAAUCUGUUUCAACUUACAAUCUUAUCCAUUACUGUUUGCACCCACAUUGGACGAAAGUUAUCUGUGAAAAGUUGCACUUGGAUAGUGACUUUCUUGAUAGCCUCGUCCAUGUGCAGCAUAAGGCGUUCACCCCACACCUCAAAAACUUGAUCUUUGGGGAACUACAAUUGAAGACAGAAUUCGUAGACAGUCGGGAAACGUCGGAAGAGAUUGGUUCAGCACGAGGAGAUUGGGUGCUUCGAGUCGAAGCAGGUUGGAGUAGCUUACUCAAGUAUGUUGUAGAUGUAGACUACGAUCAAAGUCUCAUUCUAUGGCACAUCGCAACCGAGCUAUGCUACAACAAUGAGCUUUACGAGGAGUACAAAUUGAAGAGAUGCAAAAGAAACACAUUUCCAGAUCACCGAGAAAUGUCAAAACUCUUGUCAGAUUACAUGUUAUACCUGCUUAUAAUGCAUCCGAGCUUGAUGUCAGAAGUAGCUGGCGGUAUUGCACAAAUACGGUUCCAGGAUACUUGUGCUGAGGCCAGAAGGUUUUUCGAUGAAAGAAAUGUUAAAGAACUAACUCCACUUCAAGAAUUUACUAAAGAAGGUUGGGAAAAGCAUAUUGAUCUUAUUCAGGUAAAAGCCUGUGAUGAGAUUCUUAAAGUACCAACGAAAGGAGUCAUGCCGGCCACGAUAAAGGGUCACCUAAGCAAAUCAUUGCUAUUUGAUAGUUGCAUUUUGGCAAAAGAGUUGAUGCAGAUACAGCAGGAAAAAAACUUGAAUAAAUGGUUGAUUAUGAGCAAGGUAUGGGUUGAGUUGUUGUGUUAUGGUGCAAGGCAUUCACGAGCAAAUGUUCAUGCAGCACAAGUCAGCAACGGUGGUGAGCUCAUUUCUAUAGUUUGGUUAUUGAUGAAUCAUUUUGGUGUGGGAGAGCAAUUCCAAAUCAACGAGGGACAACCAAGAGCAAAACUAAUUGUUGGCAAGUAGUUUCACUACGUAGUACUGUGUUUCAAUUCUCUUAAUUUGUAACUGUGUAAUUCACUAAGAUGCAAUCAUUAAUGGACAUUUAGGAUAGUCUAUAAGCUUCAGUUUAAUUUCUAUACAUGUUUAUGUCAAUGUAACAAGCAUUUAAUCAAUAAUAACCUUCAAUUCA